AUGCCUUCUAAAGCAUAUGUACAAAAUCCCGUUGCGGUAAUUGGCUUUGCCUGUCGUCUUCCUGGCAAUAGUAAUUCUCCAACGGAACUCUGGGAUUUUCUCGAGCAAGGCGGUAUUGCUAGCAACGAAAUUCCCAAGACUCGAUUCUCUAAAUUUCACUAUGAUGGAUCGACCAAGCCCGGCACCAUGCGUCCCCCAGGAGGGAUGUUCCUCGAAAAUAUUGACCCUGCAGAAUUCGAUGCCCCUUUCUUUGGGAUAUCAAAGUCCGAGGCUGUAUCUAUGGACCCCAAUCAACGACAAAUGCUUGAAGUAGUAUACGAAGGACUUGAGAACUCGGGAAUUCCUCUUGAGUCAUUGAAUGGAGCCUCUGUAGGCUGCUUUGUCGGCUCAUUUGCCUCAGAUUACCACGAUAUUCAGAACCGCGACCCUGAGGACAGACCACCAAACAUUGAGGUGGGAGUAGGGCGAGCAAUCUUGAGUAACAGAAUAAGUCAUUACUUGAACAUCAAAGGACCUAGUAUGACUAUAGAUACUGCUUGCUCAGGCAGUCUUGUUUCGCUCGAUGUUGCUUGCCGCUAUUUACAAUCUGGCGAAAUCAACGGAGCGAUCGUCGCCACUAGCAAUCUUUAUCUCAGCCCAGAGCAUGUCAUGGAUACUGGAGCUAUUGGAAAUGCACACUCUCUCACUGGAAAGUGCCACACCUUUGAUGCCAAAGCUGAUGGUUACAUCAAGGCUGAGGCUGUUAGUACCAUUAUUCUAAAGAGAUUAGCCGACGCAAUUCAAGAUGGCGACCCAAUUCGAGCCGUUAUCCGUGGCACUGCUACGAAUAGUGAUGGACGAACACCAGGAAUUGCAAGUCCAAGUGCGGAGGCCCAAUCAAAAGCUAUUCGUGCGGCAUAUGCGAAUGCUGGUAUCACAAAUUUCAACGAUACUACAUAUUUAGAAUGCCAUGGAACAGGAACGCCGGCCGGUGAUCCAGCUGAAGUGGGUGGAGUUGCUUCUGUUUUUGCUGCGACGCGCUCAGACGAUCAACCACUGAUAAUCGGUUCUAUUAAAAGCAACAUUGGCCACUCGGAGCCCUCGGCUGGUAUUUCAGGUCUCUUGAAAGUCAUUCUUGCCAUGGAACACAGCAUUAUCCCCGGAAAUCCUACAUUUGAAACCCCCAAUCCAAAAAUUGACUUCAAAGCACUGAAAGUUCGAGCUACGAGAGUAGCUAUAUCAUGGCCAAAAGGAGCUCUUAAGCGUGCAAGUGUCAACUCCUUUGGGUAUGGUGGAACCAAUUUCCACGCGGUGCUAGAGGAUGGCAAAUCUCUUGCCCCUAUACGCCAUGUAUCUUCAUAUGCCAUGGAAGACAAUGGUAGCGACGACUUUAUUGACGAAGAGUCUGCCAGAGCCCAAACAUUGGUUUUCUCAGCUAACGAUGAGAACUCACUCCGUGCUUACUGUGAAAAUAUCAGUAAACACUUGAUCAAUCCUUCUGUGACGACAAAAUUAACUGACUUGGCGUAUACCCUGUCGGAACGUAGAAGUCGUCAUUUUCAUCGAGCUUAUAUUGUUUCCAACAGUACUGAUUUAUCGAUGAAUGACUUUGUGUUUGGGAAGAAGGAUGCGGAAACUCCACGUAUUGGCUUCGUAUUUACAGGCCAAGGUGCACAAUGGCCUCAAAUGGGUAAAGCUUUGAUUGAGACGUUUCCCUCCUCAUUGAUCAUAUUGAAAGAGCUAGACGAAGUUCUUCAGAGUAUUCCAGAUCCACCUGCAUGGUCAUUAAUCACUGAGCUUUCUGAACCUCGAACGGCAGAGGCAUUACGGCAACCAGAAUUCUCACAGCCUUUGGUAACUGCACUUCAAUUAGUCAUGGUCUCCAUAUUGGAGAGCUGGGGUAUUAAACCUCAAGCCGUCGCAGGCCAUUCAUCUGGAGAAAUCGCCGCAGCCUACACAGCUGGCUACAUCUCUCGAGCCGAUGCCAUCAAAGCCGCAUUCUACAGAGGACGAGCAGCAGUUCUCUGCAAUAGAAAAGACAGCGAAAGCGUCGUAGGAAUGUUGGCUGUCGGACUCGGCGCCGAAGAAGUCAACAGAUAUCUCGCGGAAUUUGAAGGGACGGCUCAAAUUGCUUGUUUCAACAGUCCAAACAGCGUCACAAUUUCAGGAGCGCGUCCAAGUCUCGAGGCUCUCAGCACUCGUCUGAAGGCAGACAAUCAUUUCGCUAGGCUUCUCCAAGUCGAUCUUGCAUACCAUUCUAAAUUCAUGACCGAAAUUGGAGAUAAAUAUCUUGAGCUCCUCGAGCAAAAUUUCAGUUCGGAAUCUGCCCGAAGCGACAACAAGCCAGCAAUGUUCUCGUCAGUUCUUGGUGUGAAAAUGAACCAAGCUGCUGAUGCUAGCUACUGGAAGAAAAACAUGGUAUCGCCUGUUCUUUUUGAUGCUGCUUUGAAGGAAAUGCUUUCAGACGGACGGGAAAGUCCUGAUUUCCUCAUUGAGAUUGGUCCAAGUGGUGCACUUGCUGGUCCAGUGUCUCAAAUCAAGAAGUCUCUUCCAGGACAGGGCACCGGUAUUCAGUACUGCCCAGCAUUCUCUAGAGGAGCUGGGUCAAUCAAGUCCCUUUUCAGUGUUGCAGGUAAUCUCUUCAUUGCAGGUGCAUCUGUUGACCUGAAGGCAGUCAAUUCAGACGAUAGUGGCGAUAAAUCAGUUCUCCCAUCUACUGUCGUGGAUCUUCCAAAUUAUUCCUGGAAUCACUCAGUCAAAUAUUGGCACGAGAGUGAAGCGAGCAAAGACUGGCGCUUCCGUCAAUUUACCCGCCAUGACUUGUUGGGUAGUAAAAUAUUCGGAACAUCAUGGAACUUGCCAUCUUGGAGAAACAUUAUCCGACUUGUUGACCUACCAUGGCUACGAGACCAUAAAAUGGGACCCGAUAUUCUUCUUCCUGCUUCAGGUUUUAUUUCCAUGGCUAUCGAGGCACUUUACCAAGAAACUCAGGCUACGGAUCUUGAAGAAAAAGUUACUUCUUCUGGUCAAUUGCAAUAUAAGUUGCGAAAUAUCAACUUUGACAAAGCGCUUGUUCUAGAAGAGGAGAUUGAGGUACAAGUCAUGACUACACUCGCACCUCAUCCUGGUGCUGAAGGUACCUGGUUUAACUUCGAGGUCUCUUCUUUGAAUAAUGGUACUACUAUGAAGCAUUGUUAUGGUCAAAUUCGUCUUGAAGAGCCAACGUCACAACGUGCUUCCGAAGCAAACCUAAGUCCACUCCGUCAUACGACUCAAGGGUAUUUGUGGUACAAGUCCCAAGAAAGCAUUGGAUAUGGGUUUGGACCCGCGUUUCAAAAACAACUCGAAGUCGAAUCUAUUUCUGGUUCUCGCCGUAGCAGAUCGUAUGUCUCACUUGAAGAGCCGCCAACCGCUUGGAAACGCCAGUCGGAAUACCCAAUGCAUCCGGCCAGUAUUGAUGGAUGUUUCCAAACAGUUACUCCAUCUUUAUGGGCAGGUGACAGGACUGACAUCAAUGGGGUCUUAGUUCCCGCUGUGAUAGACAAUCUCGUAAUUACUCCAGUCAGUUCCCGUCCUAAAAAUGGUAUCUCGAUCGCAACCUCAGAAUACACAGGAAGAGGAAGAAUAGAAGAAGCCAAGAGUUAUUUCUCUUCUUGCUCAGUGUACAACCCGGAAGAUGGGUCUUUGCUGCUUCAACUUACAGGUCUUCGAUACCACAAACUCGAUACUGGAAAGAGCACCAAAGAUGGCCAUACAUUUAUGCGCUCGAUCUGGAAACCUGACAUUACUUUCCUCUCCCAGGACAACAUUGCCACACUUCCAUGGGAAGACGAGAACUCCAAGUCCGACACAAUUGCUAGCUUAGCAGCUCACAAAAAACCAACUUUGAAAGUCAUGGAACUAAAUCUCGACUCAGCCGAUAGUACCAGUUUCUGGCUCGAUAAUAAUGACACCGAUAGAUCUGCAUAUGCUGAAUAUCAUUACGCUUCCAUUGAUGCGGGUUCAUUACUCGACGCGCAAUCCAAGUAUGAGACCCAGAGAGAUGUCAAAUUCAGUUUCUUGGAUCUACAUAGCCCAGAUCAGAGACUAGCAUCAUCUGAUGUCGAUCUCCUCCUCAUUCGAUCCAACAAAUUUUCCGAGUCCACUCUCGCAGACGUUGCUGCAUUGAUCCCAGAUGUUCUUUCUGAUGGCGGACAUGUUCUUUUGAUGGAACAGGAGCAAGCGCACUCUGAUUAUAGCCUGGAUAGUAAUACUGUCAUUGUUAAUCAUAAGGGAAUUCAAGAUGGCUCACCAACAGAAUCUGUUUCGGGUGAAGACAUAAAUCGCGGCAUUAACACUCCUGGGGCUUUGGACUCAUUUAUUUCUGCAGCGGGCUUGCAGAAGAAGAUUGAAUUAACAUCUGACUUUAGCACUUCGACAUACCUAGCUUCCAAAGAGUCUACGAUCGUCGGUCAUUCUGUCCAAGACGUAGUUGUGGCCCAUCUCAAUGUUUCUAACACCAUUUCAUCCGGCAUUAUUUCGUCGUUAGGUCAAUUUGGUUUCAACAUCACCGAGUCCACUCUCGGCAAAUUAGAUGUUGAGUCUGGCAAGACCGUCUUAAUCUUAGAUGAGCUUUCCGGAUCUUUACUCGACAAAGUAGGUGAAGAACAAUGGCAAGCAAUCAAACAUCUGAUUGCCCAACGAUGCAAGGUUCUCUGGGUUACAAAGGGCUCCCAGUAUAAAAUUCCAACCCCCGAAAACGCUCUCGUUCACGGCUUAUUCCGCACCAUUCGUGCCGAAGAUCCAAGUCUGCAACUCGCAACACUGGAUGUGGAAUCCAGUGAAGGCGCUGCUACCAUCUCAGCUAUUUCACGCGUGUUGAAACAUUUGAAUAUCGAGAACGCUAGCAAGACUGCCGAAAACGAGUUUGUGGAACGCGAAAAUAUUAUUUUUGUGAAUAGGAUUAUUCCGGAUGUAGAACUCAAUGAUGCGAGGAAUGAGGAAAGUUCAGGUGCUGAGCCGGUUGUCAAGUCUCUGCAGGAGAUUCAAACUGUUGCAAUGUUAAGAGCUGAGCGUUUGGGUUCUCUCGAGAGUUUGUGCUACUCUGAGAUGUCUGAAACAGUACUUCCUGUUGCUGCUGGAAACGUGGAGGUGGAGAUUAUUGCUGCAGGUUUGAACUUCAAGGAUGUUGCUGUAACCAUGGGUAUUGUUCCUGAAAACGAAUACCUGCUCGGUCUCGAAGCCUCUGGUAUAAUCCGACGAAUUGGCCCAGGAGUCGAAAAAUACAAGCCUGGAGAUCGUGUCUGUAUUCUCAAGAACGGUACCUUUGCCAACAGAGUCCAAGUGCCAAUUGAACGUGUUCAUCGCAUUCCAAACUCCAUGUCUUUCGAGGACGCUGCUACAAUCCCUCUUGUUUAUUUGACUUCAAUCUACUCUCUUUUCAAUAUCGGAAACCUACAAGAGGGCCAGUCUGUCUUGAUCCAUUCCGCCACUGGAGGUGUCGGUCUCUCAUGUAUCCAACUUUGUCAAUACAUCGGUGCAGAGAUUUUUGUAACUGUUGGGACCGAAGAGAAGCGACAGCUCUUAUCUGAUAAAUAUGGAAUCCCUCGCGACCACAUGUUUUCAUCUCGAAAUACAAAAUUCGCAUCUGAGAUCAUGGAGGUCACCAAUGGCAAAGGAAUUGAUGUCAUCAUCAAUUCACUCACAGGCGAACUAUUAGAUGCAUCAUGGAGAAUCUGUGCUGAUGGUGGAAGCAUGAUCGAGAUUGGUAAAAAGGAUAUUGUCGCUCGCAAUUACCUUUCCAUGGAGCCAUUCGACCGUAAUUGUUCGUUUAAAGCUGUAGAUUUCUCGUACACGAAUCACAUUACUGAUCAACUCAUUUCCAAACUUCUGACGCGGAUAUUUGAUCUUUUGGAAGCCGGUCACAUCGGCCCCAUUCAUCCAAUCACAACCUUCCCAUUCAAUGAUAUCGCAGCUUCCUUUGCAUUCAUGCGUAGCGGACGUCAUAUCGGAAAGAUUGUGAUAACAAGGGAAGAAAACGCCUCUAUCGAACUUCCAGUGCGCCCACCAACCAAGAAACUUCGUCUCCGAGACGACGUCUCUUAUCUAAUAGUUGGAGGUCUCAAAGGUCUCUGCGGAAGUCUUGCAAUCCAUAUGGCACGCAACGGAGCCAAACACAUUAUCUCCAUGUCACGAAGUGGGUGCUCGGAUCAGAAAUCUCAGGGUACAGUCUUGAAUUGCAAGGCUCUCGGAUGCGAGAUACAAGAGGCUAAAGGUGACGUGUCGAGUAUUGAGGAUGUGAGAAAUGCUUUCAAAGCUGCGAAAAAGCCAAUCGGAGGUGUAAUUCAAGGAGCAAUGGUUCUGAGGGAUAAACCUUUUGAGAUCAUGACAAUUGAAGAUUACCAUACCACGGUAUCGAGUAAAGUGCAAGGAACCUGGAAUCUACACAAUGUAGCUUUAGAGCAAGAAACCUCCCUCGAUUUUUUCACCAUGCUCUCGAGUAUUUCUGGUGUCAUCGGACAAAAAGGACAAGCCAAUUAUUCCGCCGGAAACGUCUUCAUGGAUGCCUUUGCUACUUACAGACAAUCUCUUAAUCUCCCAGCCAAUGCUGUAGAUCUCGGUGUGAUUCAGGAUGUCGGAUAUGUAGCCGAGCAAGGCGGAAUGACAAGUCAUUUCGAUGACAGACAAUGGACAGGCAUCAACGAGCAAAUUCUCCGAAAAAUUCUCAGCUACUCUAUCUUUCAACAAGUUUCCCCAAUCAACAAAGCGAGUUCCGCCCAGCUCAUCACUGGUAUUGCGGCGCCUCUUCCAGAUGACUCGCCUCUUAUCCGAGAUGCUCGAUUUGGCCACCUCUUCGCAAGUACGGAUUCCAAUGGCUCUGGAAAAGGAAGCGCGGAUGAUAGUUCGAAGGAACUUCAAGUUUUCCUCCUUCUCUACCGUUCUGGUGCCGAGGCUGUUCCUAUGGUCGCAGCGGCAGUUGAAGUUGUCAACAUGCAAUUCACGAAGAUGUUGAGAUUAGAUCAGCCAAUGGAAGUAGGGAAGCCUUUGUCGGUGUAUGGACUUGAUUCAUUGUCUGCAGUCGAGUUCCGAAAUUGGGUGAGAAUGGAAUUGGGGGCUGAAUUGACGACGCUUGAUAUUACUAAUGCUAGUUCCCUCACUUCUUUAUGUGAGAAGAUUGUGGUGAAGAUGCCUCCGCUCACGAAAAGUGGUUGA